CGCUUCGACCGUGAACGCGGUAGGACCGGUAUUAUUUAUAUGGCGUAAAUUCUAUAUUGCUUCAAUUUAUCAUUUAUUUAAUGUUUUAAAAAAUCUAAUAACGUGAUUAUACACCGAUACGAAAUAAUAAAUACGCGUUCGAUUCGUAAAAAAUCCUCGGGUUUUUUUGUGCAUAUAUAUAUAUACAUGACGGUUAAGUGACACGCAAACAGGUGCACCUAUCGCAUAGCACAAGAAACGAAUCACGGAGGUCGUUGCACGUAAUAUCUACCAAUAGACAAUUCGCGAGUACGAUCUAUGUCUACAAUUAUAUAGUAACGGAUUUUUCUCUUAUACGAUUUCUACUUGUCAUCAAGAAUCUGCUAUUGUCUUCAAAGAGAAAUCAAACUAGUGUCUUCGUUACUUGUCAUCGUAUCGAUUUUAUCCUCGAAGGAGGAGGAACAAUUUGAAGAAUAAAAAGACACUCUUAUGGGCGUCUAAGCACACUGAACGUUCAAUACUCGGCGAGAGUUUGUUCUUCGAAGCAAGAUGAGAAAACAAUCGUACGGCUCGAAUUUGAACACUGUGGGAAGCUGUGGCGAGCCACAGAUCAUCGUGGAGGAAAGCACGCUGGGAGAAGAGGAAGCGGAAUGGCGGAGGAACGAAUCGCCUCCCCGAUGCAUGGAUCCCGAUUCGCCAUCCUUGAAUCCUUAUCUAUUGUCCCCCUGGAGAGAGGCAAGGAAGCAUUCUCUACCGACUCCGCAAUGCACUUCCGGGAUAACCGCGUCACAGGUGAGACGACUGAGCGAACGUGGCGGGGAAUCAGGACCAUCCGCGAGGGAGGCCGCUUUCCUGUCCACCCUCUCUCAAGCGCCAGCUCCUCAGCCGGGUGGGCGAAGGCAUUCGGUCGUUACCAUCUCCAGAGUGCCGCAGACCCUGUUCAGCCGUAAUCGUCGUGAAUCAAUCGCCGCUUUUCCACUCGGAGGCGCGACCAGAAUAUUGCCGAGCCGUCGAGAUUCGGAAUCCAGAAUGGGUGGACCACCGAGCAAUACCGGGAGCUCGCAUAAUCUUCAAUUAGAUAUUAUGGACGAUAUCGCGGAGAUGAAAGCGAAGAAGGUGCUGUUAAAGAUGUACAAGACGUCGACGGAACAAGUGUGCGAGAUCCAGCCACUGGAAGGUAAUAGCUCGACUCAACGCUACACCCAAUAUCCGAAACGACGAUUCUCUGAAAUGCCCGCACCUUCCGUGUCACCGACCGCCUCUAUCCGAAGACGGGCCUCUGAAGUGGCGAGAGCCACGAGUGCUUCUGUUUCCGGCGCUGCGGGCAUCGUGUGCUCCAAUACCGAUCUGAUAUCGAUCCUGAGCUCAUUGGCCUCUUCCGCGACCGAGAUCAACCGAUGCGGCGAAGAAGGAUCGCGCGAGGAGAGCAAGUCGAGUUGGUCCGGGAAGACGGGUGAACAGAAACGAAGUCGAUUGAAAAGUUUUCGUUCCAACAGUUUCGACGUGUCCAUUCUUCACGGGGCGAAAAGCAAGCUGGCCGGAUCCUCGAAGGCUGCAGCUUCGACCAUCAUGGCUCCGUCGAAUUGGUUCACCAAGAGACAUCAACCGAUGUCGAAGAAACAGAAGCCGGAAGAUUUAAUCACGGCUAGUUUGAACUUCAAGUUCGAUAAAUCGAAGGUCGUGAAGGCGGUUAAGGAGACGUUAGGCAAAACGUCUCCUAGUAUCGAUAUCAGGCACAAAGUCGUAUGGGAUGACACCAGUGGAACGAAGGUGGACGCUCAGGUUUUGGGUAGCGCAAUUGAAAAAAUUUUAACGGCGCAAAGAGGAAAUGACGCGGAAGCAACCGGAUCGAGCAGCAAACCCUCGGUAUCUCCGAACAAACCAAGAUCAAGUAAAGUGACGAGUUGGUUUUCGAGUACCAAAGACCAAGAGCAAACCGAAUCCUGCGAACCAUCUAUUUGUUCUUCUUUAAAAGAUCUAUUCGUCAAGUAGUAUGGAAAUACAAACACGGGUCUCGCUCGUUUGAUUAACGCUUCUUCGUUUAAGAAUUUAUUCAAAGAUUAACACGACCUAAUAGAUAAUUGACCAUUUCAUUUAAUUCAAGCUAAUAAACUACGUAUAUUUUCUUUUUUUUCCAUACUUCUUUGCUAUACUUCUAAGAGAUAUUGUCUUAUCAUUUUUAUCAAUUUUAAUAUUCUAAUAUUCAUAAUAUUCCAAAUAUCUAUUAAUGAAAAUUUCAGAAUAUUUUCUAUUGUAUUUUUAUUCCUUUUUUUUCGUUCCAUAUUACAUUCAUAGAUUCUCAUUAACGUCAUAAUUAUAUUAUAAUUAUUUUAUAUAUUUAUUAAUACUUAAUUAUCUUUGUUAUUAAAAAUGUUUUUAAUUUUAUUGAAAUUUUACAGUUGGUACAGAUGAAUGAAACAAAUUCAUUGACAUUGCGGGAUCCAUGGUCAAAAAUUAGAUAUAAAAAUCUAUAAAACAUCGUAGAUCUAAAUAUUUCAAUGGAUGCAACUUUCAACAAGUAAAUGUGGACAAAAGUUUAAUCAUCUUCUAUAUUUAAAUAAAUUAUAAUAUUCAAAAUAUAAUUAAGCAAAAAUUCGAAGCUAAAAUUUCGAAAUAUAAUUAAAAAAUAUGUCGUAUAAUAAAUGUUAUAUGAUAUUCCAUAAAUAAAAAAAAGUAUUGUUUUUUUUAUGAGAAGAAUUAAAUAUAAAGCAGAUUGUUAUUCAACGAUAUGACCGUUUCGAAAUUAAAAUAUUUCGAUCAUAUAUGUGUAUAGUGUAUCCCGUAUAAAAAGAUCAUUCAAUCAUAAUACAAUUUUUUAUUUAUGAAUAUGAUUUCAACCCUAAAAAAUUAUAUUUACAAAAAAAAAAAGAUAAAUUAUUUAAUUUGAUUUUUUUAAUAAAAUUUUUAAUAAAAUUUUUAUAAAUUAGUUCAUAAAUAAUUAAAUAUAUUAGCCUUAAUCAAAUUUUCAAAUUUCAAAUUUUUUUAAAAAUCACCUUUUAAUAAGUUAAAAUAAUAUACGAAUUCUUUAAUCGAGAAAUGAUAUAUAUUUUUAUCAAUAAAAGUCUUAAAAAUUGUACAAUUUUAAAUCAACUUUAAAAGCAGUAGAUCUGUCUUUAGACAUUGACAAAUUUAAUUGUCUUUUCCAGUAGUAAAAUUCAAAUAAUAUAUUAAAAACGGCAGUAAUAUUUGUUAUAUAUCCACAGAUAUGGAUACUGAAGCACAAUAAAAAAAAUCAAUAAAUAUAAUGGUUAAAGAAUGAUUAAAAAAUUCUCAUUCUUAAAUUCAAUGCUUAAUGAUAUCCUUCUUUCAUCAAAUAAAAUCUUAAAAGAAUGUUGUUGAAAGAAAAUGUAAUGCGUGUAUUUAUUUGCCUUUGCGGGUCGAAGGCUCAACAAAUAAUUGUAAUAUAAUAUAUAAAUGCGCAUACAUAUAAAUAUGUAUAAUUGUGUGUAUAAAAAUUUACAUAUACAUACUUUUAAUAACGACUUAAUUUAUAUUGUAAAAUCGUAGAUCUGUAGAUCUGUAGAUCAUCAGAAUAUGAGUGAUAUUUAUGUUACGUCAUGGACAUACUAUCGUUAUACUUUAAAAAUAUAAUCGAGGAAACAAACAAUAAGCAAAUAAUUAUGGCAAUUUUAUUAAUAUACAAAUGUUAAAAAGAAAUGAAAAUGGAUUUUGCUGAAUAAUAUGUAAAUGUUUCAUUAAAUAUGACUGUUACGUACAUGUGUGGCUACCUGUACGAAAUAACGUUGAUAUAAUACUCAUAUUGUAUUUAUGGUUUCACCUUUCACAGAAUUAAUAAAAUCUACAAAAGUUUAAUCUA